AUGGCUCAUCGUCGAUGUGUUUCUUCAACCUCAUCAGAAUUAGACUUGUCUUCAUCAUCGUCGCUUAGAACUUCCCCAACUCCUCCAUUAGAGAUAUCCAGUUCGAGUACCGAGCCCUUGAAAGGGAUAAAACCUAAGCGCAAGUCGUCGGGCAGCGAUGAUGACAAGAGUUCAAAAGGUCUACGAUCGCAAAAAGAAGAUAAUGAGGAGCCGAACGAUCCAGACCACACCCAGGACCUGGCAGAGAUGCACCUCAGUGAAGUGCAACCAAUCAUCACUGCCAUUCGCGUGACUGAUCUCGCUCUUGGCCUCCGACGGAUCCCCGCUGGCUUCCACGCAGUGAUCAGGGCCGAUGACGUUGAAUAUGAGACAAGCAAUAUAUCUGUAAACGUAGACCAGCCUGUCGUAGAAUGGCACGAGCGCAUUGCUCUGCCGCGCGAGCCAUGUUUCAAAGUUCGGAUCAGCGUGUAUGCCUCAUUCGAAUUGGGUCCCAUGCUCUGUCAUGGUGAACUCCUCCGCACGUUCGAGAUCUCGGUUGGAGAAUUAAUGGAUCGCAGCGAAAAAUCACAUCCCAUAAUAUUUCAGCCAAAGCAGCAAGAAGUCGUAUCCGCUUGUACUUCACUUUUCUUGACAGUGGAGCAGCAACUUCCUGAUCAACACGACGCCGCAAUUCUUUGCCCCCUUACUACUCCUACAUCCCGCAAUAUAGAUGCAUUAGCGCUGAGGACGGAUGCCGGUCAUCGUCUUCUCGCACGAUACCGUAGAGCCCAGAACAGCAGGGAUCUCGAGCAAUCCAUAAACCACUUCGAACACGCCUCAGAUAUCUGCCCCGUGGACCAUCCCUGCCGCCCUGCAGCGCUGUUCAAUCUCGCCAGCGCAAAGCUUGUGAGUUGCCAAGCUGAGGGAAGAUACCUCGACCUCGACGUCCCUGUCUCCCUGUUCGAAGGCGCCCUCGAAUUGCGUCCCACCGGUCAUCCGGACAGAACGGUCAUGCAGCUGCAUCUUGCGGUUGCUCUGCUCUCGCGCUUCGCGAAACGGGGAUUUCAAACGGAUGCUGAUGCAGCCAAAGAGUUACUGAGCGAAGUCGUCAAUGUCUGCCACGCCAACACCCACAUUCACAGAGCGGCUGCGAUUGCAAUGGAAACAUGCGCUCUACAUUCUGCGAGAAGCAUUAAUGCAAAUGAUGUCAGGCAGGAGUGGCACGCCCCAUCCAUGCUUCCGUUAUCGCCGAAUCAACUUUCCAAUCAAGCACAGCGGUGUUUGGAGAGAGAUGACCCUAGUGCCUUAGAUGAAGUGAUAUCCCUUCAUAAUGAUGCACUAGGAUACUACAACACCGGGCAUGCUUGCCGAGUGCAAUUGCUAAGCAAUCUAGCUCUAAUGCUACAGACUCGCUUCGAGCAUCGAGGCAAUGACACAGACUUGGAUCAAGCUAUCGUACUUCAAAUGGAAUCGCUGGCUUUGUGCCCAGUCGGUCACACAGAUCGGUCUGCGUCAUUAAACAACCUCGCGACUCAACUCUCCACCCGCUUUGACCACCGAGGCAACAGCGAAGACUUGGAUGAGGCUAUCGCACUUUACAGGGAAGCGCUGGCUUUGCGCCCGGUCGGUCACACAGAUCGGUCCAUGUCAUUAAACAACCUCGCUGUUCAUCUCUCCUCCCGCUUUCGUCACCGAGGCAACGGCGAAGAUUUGGAUCAGGCUAUCGCACUGAGCAGGGAAGCCCUGGUUUUGUGCCCGGUCGGUCACAAAGAUCGGUCUGUGCCAUUAAACAACCUCGCGAAUCGACUCUCCUCCCGCUUUUACCACCGAGGCAACGGCGAAGACUUGGAUCAGGCAAUCGCACUGAACAGGGAAGCCCUGGCUUUGUGCCCGGUCGGUCACACAGAUCGGUCCAUGUCAUUAAACAACCUCACUCUUCAACUCUCUUCCCGCUUUCACCACCGAGGCAAAGGCGAAGACUUGGAUCAGGCAAUCGCACUGAGCAGGGAAGCCCUGGCUUUGCUCCCGGUCGGUCACACAGAUCGGUUCAUGACAUUAAACAAUCUCGCGAAUCGACUCUCCUCCCGCUUUGACCACCGAGGCAACGGCAAAGACUUGGAUCAGGCGAUUGCACUUCAGACGGAAUCGCUGUCUUUGCUCCCGGUCGGUCACACAUAUCGGUCUGUGUCAUUAAACAACCUCGCGAAUCAACUCUCCUCCCGCUUUGACCACCGAGGCAACGGCGAAGACUUGGAUCAGGCUAUCGCACUUUACAGGGAAGCGCUGGCUUUGUGCCCGGUCGGUCACACAGAUCGGUCCUUGUCAUUAAACAACCUCGCUCUUCAACUCUCCUACCGCUUUCACCGCCGAGGCAACGGCGAAGACUUGGAUCAGGCAAUCGCACUGAACAGGGAAGCCCUGGCUUUGCGCCCGGUCGGUCACACAGAUCGGUCUGUGUCAUUAACCAACCUCGCGAAUCGACUCUUCUCCCGCUUUGAUCACCGAGCCAACAGCGAAGACUUGGAUGAAGCUAUCGCACUUCAGAGGGAGGCGUUGGCUUUGCGCCCGGUCGGUCACACAGAUCGGUCCAUGUCAUUAAACAACCUCGCGAAUCUACUCCCCUCCCGCUUUGACCUCCGACACGACAGAAAAGACCUAGACGAGUCACGAGAGAACCUACUCUGUGCAUUGACGUUGUUGACGCAGCAUGAUCCUCGUCGAUCGAUGGUCCAUGCAUCUAUAGCUAAUGUCUAUCUAUCAUUUCAUCGUUCAGAGCUUGACGGCACCGGCGCUGGCUCAAAUACAGAUAGUCUGAAUGCUGCCAUGCAUCAUUUUAAGGCAGCAACAAAUAUUGUCCCUGCAAGCUUGCUCUCCCGGCUGCGGGCAAGUCUAAGUUGGGUGCGCCAUGCUCGUCAACAUUCACAUGGUAUUCAACUAGAGGCUUACAUGACUUCUAUGCAACUUCUGGAUGCUUACAUGUCUGUGACGGCUUCCAUAUCAUCUCGCCAUAAUGCCAUGAAGGGAUUCCCAAGUACACUCGCCGUGGAUGCUGCAUCGUGCGCUCUUCGUAGUGGCGACGUGGGUCGCGCUGUUGAGUUGUUGGAGCAAGGCAGGACCAUCAUCUGGACCCAGAUGACUCGACUCCGCACGCCUCUUGACGGGCUCCAGACUCGCGGCGAUCAUGCAGCGACCUUGAUGAAGACAUUCACAGACCUCAGCUCCCUCCUUGAUAAACCUCAUCCAAGCCAUCUAGAAGGGACCCCAAGAGUCAAUGUGGAAGCAGAGGCCACCCGCUACAGACGUAUAGUGGAGGACUGGAAUGGAACUGUGGAAGAGAUCAGGAAGAUCGAGGGCUUCUCUCGCUUCCUGCUUCCCCCUUUGUUCUCCGAUCUUCAAGAUGCAGCUCGUGAUGGGCCCAUCAUCAUGCUCAUCGCAAGCGAAUCGUCUUGCGAUGCCAUUAUCAUCCCGCACAAGCAACCUCCCACCAGCAUUCAACUCCCUACCGAUAUUCAGCAACUCGCCAAAUUGCUGCUCACAUUCCGAGUUGCAAUUGACAAAGAGACUGGGCACCAACGAGCGCUGAUGGAAGCUUUGAACGACUUGUGGAACAAUGUUGUCGGCCCAGUGGUCGAGAAAUUGGGCAAAUUAGUACGACUAGGUUCCCGAAUAUGGUGGUGCCCGACAUUCCUCUUCAAUUUCUUGCCGUUGCAUGCUGCUCGCGAGUACAGAACUGGGGGAAUGUCUCUUUCGCAGCUGUAUAUCUCUUCAUACACCCCAUCUCUCACCGCGCUGAUCAAGGCUCGCGCAAGUCGUGACAGACCCACGUCGGUGCCAUUCGUCGCCAUUGGUCAGAAUCGCCCAGCCGGCGUCUCUUUCACUUUGGAUGCUGUGGAGCCUGAGUUGGAAUUGGUGCGGAAACUUUUGCCUCCUCCCCCAACUGUCUCCUUCUCCAAGAUAACCAGCGUUGAUGCCACAAAAUCGAGAGCACUGUGCGCAUUGCGCGAACACACUUGGUUCCAUCUCGCAUGUCAUGGAACGCAGAGAUUUGACGAACCCUUCCAGUCGGCCUUUCUUAUGCGCGACCAGCCUCUUUCGCUCCUUGAUAUUGUGCAAAUGGAUCUGUCUCAGCAUAAUUUUGCCUUUCUUUCUGCCUGUGAAACCGCCGUCGGCGACUUCAGUACGCCCGACGAAGUGAUACACCUAGCGGCUGGCCUGCAAUUUGCUGGGGUUAGGAGUGUCGUCGGGACGUUGUGGAAAGUCAACGAUGAUACUGUGCAGCGCUUAGUCAAGGCAUUCUACGAAAAGUUUUGCGAGGGUGGCCCAAUGAAUCCCAGACGAGCUGCCCGAGCGCUGCACCGAGCGGUCCAGUCGUUGGCUAGCGACGUAGACAUACCCUUGGCCCAGCGCAUAGUGUUCGUGCAUAUUGGCAUAUGA